AAGCACCUGCAGCACACCCAGCAGAACGACUUCUGCCUGCCUCCCUGCCUCUGGCCAUGGCCCGCUGGCGGCUGGCCCUCUUUCUGACUGGGGUCCUCCUAGCAGGUUCCCAGCCAGCCCUGGCCCACCGGGAAUCACUGAUGGUCUUCCCAGGCCAAGUGGCUCAACUCUCCUGCACAAUCAACCCCCGCCACCCCAUUGGGGACUACGGAGUGUCUUGGUACCAGCAGCGGGCAGGCAGCGCCCCUCGCUACCUCCUCUACUACCGCUCAGAAAAGGACCACCACCGAUCCCCUGACAUCCCUGACCGCUUCUCAGCAGCCGCCGACGCAGCCCACAACGUCUGCAUCCUGACCAUCAGCCCUGUGCAGCCCGAGGACGACGCAGAUUAUUACUGCUCCGUGGGCUACUUCUAGGGGCAGGGUGUGGGAUGAGCGCCUUCUGUCUGCCUCUCACUUCUGCCCCUGACCUUGGGCCCCUCUCUUUCUUUGAGCCUUGAUCUUCCUCCUCUGUAAAAUGGGUUAAUAAUAUUCAACAUGCCAACAAUAACUGUU